CCCUUCGGCAGUUCCGCGCCACCGGCCUGAGGCGGCGGCGGCGCCUCGGGAGGCGGAGGAGGGUUUGCCGGCGUGUGGGGCGAACGAGGCUCCGGUCCGCCUCUCGGGGGCGAAGAUGGCGGAGGGGAGCGGCGGAGGGGCUCCUCCCGGGGUCCCCACGCCGCCUCCCUCGACCCUGAAGGGGCUGCGGGAGCAGAUGGUUGCUGCGGCCCAAGCAUUAGCCGAAGAAAGAAGAAACCAAGGUGGGGUUAGCACUGUUUCACUCCAGGCCCCAGUUAGCACAAAAGCAAAACCAGUGCUGGAUGGUUCGCUCUUGAAAUCAGAAGAACGGCAGAGACUCGCCCGGGAACGUCGCGAAGAGCGGGAGAAACAGCAUGCUGCCAAAGAAACGCAGAUCCUCGAGAAGGAGAAGAAAGCGAAGCUGCAGUAUGAAAAACAAGUAGAAGAGAAGCAGAAGCGGCUGAAGGAGCAGAAGCUGAAGGAGCAGCAGAGGAGAGCCGCCGUGGAGCAGAAGAGGAAGCAGAAGAUCGAGGAGGAAAAAGUGCAUUACGAAGCGGUGGUCCAUCGAACGUUGGAACGCAGCCAGCGGUUGGAUACGCGGCAGAAGCGGUGGUCGUGGAGCGGCUCAGUCACAGACACCAGCGGAAAGGCAGAAGCCCCAGCCGUAGCUGAAGCCAGCAAGCGCUCUGCGUCGGCACUGAACCUCAAACAGCCCGAAACGGCCCUCCACAAACGCCUCUCGUCCUCCGCAGCGCUUCUCAGUGCUCCCACCGUAGGCACAGCUAAAAGGAGCUCUUCUCUAAACAGGCUAAAUAACAAAAGUUCUGUGAGUUCGGAGCCAGGAGUCCCCAACGUUUUACAAGCAGAGCAAAAAGGAGAACCAGAGAAGAAGCGGAGUUCAUCGCUGAGCAGAGUGAGCAAUAAACUUCCCGAAAUAGAAAACGUGCAGAAAGAGGAAAAAGCAGCUCGCCGUUUGGUCGUCCCCUUGGAGAACGCCUCCGUCAGUCGCCUGCUCGCCCCCACCCAGGCCUCCCUAGCCAGGAGUAAGAGCGCAGCCGCCUUGUCUGCCGAGGGCAAAGAGGCCACAGCUUCCACCGGCUCCCCGGCCCACCUUCCCAAAGUGCCAUUACGUAGUCGCAGCACCGACCGGUUGAAGGGAGCUGCUUCCUCCUCCUCCUCCGAACACAUCUCCUCGGAUUCUGCACAGAAACCUGAGCCACCAAAGCAGCCCCCGUCUUCCACAGGGAGGAGAGCUCCUUCACCCUCUCUGCCUAGUACCAGGCGCUCCAUCUCACCAGGGAACGUGGGGAAACUCCCUCCAUCUCCGGCAACAAUAAGACGCCGGCCGCAGCCGUCUUCCCCAAAUGUCUCGCGGCAGCGGGCAUCCUCUCCCAUGGUAGCCUCUAAACCGGCCCCAAUUCAGCGGCCACCCCUCACCCCGAACGUCCUCGGCAUCACCAAAAAGAAGAGCGAGGCGGAAAGCACUGUGGUGGCCCCCCAGGAGCCGGGCGCCGCCGGGAUCCCCUCGGAGAAAGAGCUGCUCGCAGGACCGUCUAAAACCAAAGAAGAUGUGAGUGGCAAAGCUCUUCCCGGGACCACAACUGCUGAAGAGGCAUCGAAGAUCUUGGCAGAGAAACGCCGUCUGGCCCGGGAACAGCGAGAGCGCGAAGACCAGGAAAAGCUUCAAAAAGAAGAGGAAGAAAGGAUCCGGAACGAGGAGCUGGCCAGCUUAGCCCAGGAGAAGCAGGCGCAGGAGGAGGCGGCCCUUUUGGAGACGGAAGAGCUGAAGAGAGCAGAGGAGGAGGAGCAGCAGCGGCUGGCCGAGAAGGACCGGAUCCAGAGGGAGCAGGAAGAGCAGGAGAAGCUGGCGGAGCUUCAGCUGCAGCGGGAAGAAGCCGAGGUGAAGGCCUUGGAAGAGGCCGAGAAGCAACGGCAGGAGCGGGAGCGAAUUAUGCAGCAGAACCUGCAGGAGAGGUUGGAAAGGAAGAAGAGAAUCGAAGAAAUAAUGAAAAGGACGCGGAAGGCCGAGCAGAGCGACGCAAAAAAUGAAGAUAAGUCGAAUGAGGAAGAUGAGGACAUUGAAGAAGAUGAAGAGCGCGGUCUUGAAAAGCAAGACCAGCCAGAAAAGUCGAAAUGCGAGGACUUCUGUCUCGAAGACGGCUCGGAGGCCUUGUGCCAUUUUACUUUGCUGCAAGAAGACUCGAAAAUGGGAGCAGACGACGUCUUCCUCAAUGGGAAUAAACAGGAGGAAGAGGAGGAGGAGGAGAGAAGGGAGGAUGGGCCCUCCCUGUAUUUCAGCCAGUCAGUAGAAACCAGUAUUCCAGCCAAAGGACCGGUCAUCGAGACCUCUGAAAUCCUGCACGUGAACGAAGCCGACCGCUCCAUGGGCUUUAUCCCAAACUUUAACGGGAAGCCUUCCACGUGGAAUUUCGAAGAAAUCAUCGAUCUCACGGUGCAUCCUAAGACAGGCAGGCUUAGUUCAGAGAGCAUCGCGGCUGAGGUGCCAGGCCAGAAGUUAAGAGACGGCGUUCCGUUACCAGCAAGCCCAAAGCUGGCGUUUGAGGAGGACGGUGGCAGGAAUCCCUUGACCAAACCCAUUGAGGCGGCAUCAGAACUGUGAACACUACAACCCGGGAAGGUUCCUGAAGGCCACGCCAGGAUGCGCAGGGCUCCUCCAGGCAGGCAGAAAGGCCUCGGUUUGGGGAAAAAAACUACUUGUCAACUCCACAUUUCUCUCCCGCAACAGCCCCUCCCCCUUCGCCGAUCUGGCUUUGCCCCUUGAAGUGUCGCAAAGCAGGAAAGCCGGGGAGUUGUUUCCCUGUUGCUUUGUCCUCCCUCUUUAACGAGAUUUUUGCUUU